GCAGUGCUGGGACCGUUGGCGGCUCUCGCUCGCUCGGUCGGUAUCGUUGACGUGUAUCGCUCUCCGCGGCGGGCGGUCAGGGACACCAUGGCUUUCAAAACAGUUCAUGCAAUGGUGGACACGGAUAACUUGCUGAAGAUUUUUGGUGAGAAACUGGAGUUUGUUGAGCGAGAAUUCAAAGAAAACCAUAAAGUAUGGCUGGAAGAGAUUCAGGAGGUGGCCAGAAAGAUGUUUAUCAGUGACUUCAGUGCAGAACCCGAGCUGAUGCCCAAAACACCUUCGGAGAAAAAGCGGCGUUGCAGGAGACGUCAAUCCUCCACACAAGAUGUCUAUAAGAGGAGGUUUUCUAGAAGCAGGAAGAGUCUGAGGCGUUCCUCCGUCAAGCAUCUGAAAGUGCAAAGCCAAGCUAAUGAGGAAGACUGCAGCCAAGUGCCUGAGGGGGAGGUUCAGCCUGUACGUCUGACACGUGCUGCAACCCGUUCCAUGGCUGCUGCGGGUGUGCCAGCGGCAAAGCGCAAAGUGUCCUCCAUUGUAUCAGUCAAUGGGCGGGUUCCAUUGAUUGAACUGUCUUUGAAUGAUUGUAAGAAUCCGGAGAUGUACCAAAAAGGCCAAGCGUCACCCAAACAUCCAGAAGUUAUCCUGCUGUGCUCUGAAGAUGAUAAAUAUCCCCAAAAAGAAGCUGAGGCAAAGAUACUUCCAAGUGAGCUUGAUGUUCUUGAGACUGUGAGUCCUAUCGCUCCUGGGAGCUCGAGAACACCAGGCCGCGAGGCAUCCAAGUUGAAAAUAGCGUCUGCUGCCAGUAAAGAGAGCACAUCUGACCAGGAAUCUGAGAUUGAGCAAGUGGCGGCUGAUAGCGAUGUCCUCCCUGAGACAGAUGAGUGUGUUCCCUUGAGCACCAGGAAACCCGUCCGCAGAAGUACCCGGCGUUCCAGCUUCGCCAGGCUGACCAGAUAUUCCCUGAGUUUACAACGGAGUGCCAUUUCACAAGAGGCCAUCAGGAAAUCCAUUCGGAAAUCAGCCUCCAGGAGGAGGAGUGUGCUUGAGUACUCCACUUCUAGCAAUCAAAGCUCCUUUGAAAAAAUUGAAGAGAAUGAAAAGGAAUGCAUUAAGGCAAAUGUCGACAAUGUCUCUGACCAGGAGCAGCAGGAGCAACAAAAACAGGAACCAGCAGCGCAGGUUCCUGAGGCACCAGAGUACAGAGUCACAAGAAGUGCCAAAAGAAUUGCUAUCAGUUCUGCAGAACCAGCGCAGAAAGCUUCUGGGUCUGAGACACAAACAUGGAAAGAUUCUGCAGAGGCACAGGAAGAAGAGGAGCAAUAUUCUGCACCUGAACAGAGUUCGAGGAGGAAGAGUUAUAAGCGUGCAGUAGCUGAAGUCUAUGAUGAGACUGAUGUGGUGGAAGGAGCUAAGGAUUCUCCACCCAGGAAGAGGACUCCUUCACCACCUUGUCCAGCUGCCAAGGUGAUUCGUCCAAUGUCCAAAACCUUCCUCCAGACGGUUCAGAGGAAUCAGCUGCUUAUGACCCCGAUGUCUCUCAGCCGUACAAUGGUGAAAUCCUUCAUUAAACGCAGCACUCCAAUAAAGGUGGACACUAAGGAGAAGGAGAGGGUACGUCUCGCAAAAAUUAAGAAAAAACAAGAGAUGGAGGAGGAGAGGCUGCAGAGGGUUGAGGAAGAGAGGAAACGUAAACUAGAAGAAGUUAAAAAGAGGCGCGAGUUGCGGGUGAAACGAGUUCUGGAAACGCGGGAGCGAGUCGAACAAAAGGAGGAGGAGAAGAAAAAGCGAAUUGAACAGAAGUUUGCUCAGAUUGAUGAGAAAACUGAAAAGGUGCGUGAGGAAAGAAUUGCUGAGGAAAAGGCAAAGAAGAAGGUUGCAGCCAAGAGGAUGGAGGAAGCAGAAGCUCGGCGGCGGCAAGAGGAGGAAGCUCGGAAACAGAAACUGCAGCAGCUGGAGGAGGAGGAGCGCAAGCGGGAGGAGCUGCUUCAGCGCAAGAAAGAGGAGGAGCAGGAGCGGCAGCGUAAGCUGGCCGAAGCCAGGAAGCUGCAGGAGCAGCGGCAGGCCCAGCUGGAGAAGGAGCAGCAGCAACGAGACUUGCAUCUCGCUGCAGAGCGGGAACUGGAGAGGAGAAAAGAGCAGGAACGCAUCCAAGCCGAGAGAGAGCGUGAGCGCCUGGAGAAGGAAAAGGCCUUGCAGUUACAGCGAGAGCUGGAGAGAACUGCACGUGAAGAUGCUGCACUGGAGGCUCAGCGAGAGAAGGAAAGAAUUCGCAAGGAAGCACAAGAGAGAGAACAAAAGCGGGAAGAACAACGAUUGGCAGAGUUCAACAAGCAGCGUUUAGAAAAGAAAGUUAAAGAGGAGCAGGAGAGGCUGCAGCGGGAGAACCAGGAGAUGAUGAAGAAGGAACGAGAUAACGAGAAUAAACUUCGUGAAGAACAGGAAAGAAAAUGGAAGGAAGAGCAGGACAGAAAAGCUAAGGAGGCAGUGUGUGCAGGCAACAAAAACAUGCUCAAUGUUACUGUGGAUGUGCACUCUCCAGCCACUGAGUCCUAUAUUAUGACUCCCAAGAACUAUUCAAAACCCAAGAUGCCUAAAAUAAAUGUGGAAAGCUAUGGAAUGGACCUGGCGAGUGAUGACUCCACUGAUGAUGAGGUUACCCCACGGAAACCCAUCCCUGCCUGGGCUAAUGGUAAAGCCCUUCAACAACAGAUCAUGUAUGAGUAUUACCACCCAAUUGAGUCGAACGACUUCUAUGGAGUCCUUCUUGAGCCCAGACUAGAGCAUAUCUUCGGCAAGAGCAAGCCGCGUUACUUUAGACGCACCAGUUCUGCAGUGUGGCACUCACCACCUCAAAUCAUUGGCUCUAUCUUUGGCCUCAAGAAAUACUAAAGCCUUCGAGUGGGGAAAAUAUAAUUCCCAAUCACUGUAAGAUGUAGUUCUGCCGUCUAUGUUGCUGUCGAUUUGACUUCUUAUAUCAUCGGUUUAUAGCCUAAUUUUUUUACCUUCUGUCCUCUUUGGUAUAAUAGAAACCUUGUAGAUAGAUAGACUUUUUCCUGAAUGUGGAGUGGUGGUGAGCCUGCUCGUCUCUCGGGACCUUUAUUAAGUAUGGUUGUGUUUAGUAUAUUGGGAUUGUUUUAGUUUGUUUCAGUCAUACAACUGAGCAUUUUUCAUAAAAUACUUUUUUUCCUCUACUGAAGAAUGCUUGAUCUUGGGCCUGUGUAGGCUGCCUUUCCAGACAGCACAGCACGUGCUUUCAGACAGGAGGCUGAGGUGUUGUUCUUUCUUUCCUAGGUCAGUAUAGUGGUUCAUUCAGAUGAGAAGAGAGCCUGAGCAGGACUGCUUUUUGCCUUCAGUGCAAUAGUCCCUCAGAUAACAGGGAAAGUCCUGAAAUGAGGAAUCCUGCUCACAGAGGCUAUAUUAUGAAAGGGAGUGUUUUAUUUUUUUGAUCUUGAGUUUUAAAAAAAACUUCACUGAACUUCAAUAAAGAGCUAAUGUAAUGUG